CUCUAUGGUUUCGACAGCCUAGAAGGACCGAGAAGGCACUUCCGGGGAAAUGGCGGCGCACAAGUCACAUCUGCCACAUGUUUCUGCGGAGAGGACCUUGCAAUGAAGGGAUGACAGUGAUCUCUUCUCUGGUGAAGGCCUGAGGACAGUGACUCUUUUCUCACCAUGAGUGUCACUCCAGAGGUCAAGAGUCGUGGGAUGAAGUUUGCUGAGGAACAGCUGCUAAAGCAUGGAUGGACUCAAGGCAAAGGCCUGGGCCGGAAAGAGAACGGCAUCACCCAGGCCCUCAGGGUAACGCUGAAGCAGGACACUUACGGGGUGGGACAUGACCCUGCCAAGGAGUUCACAAACCACUGGUGGAAUGAGCUCUUCAACAAGACUGCAGCCAGCUUAGUAGUGGAAACUAGGCAGGAUGGAGUACAGAUCAGGCGCCUUUCUAAGGAGACCACUCAUCGUAAUCAUCCCAAGCCCAACAUGCUGUAUCAGAAGUUUGUGAAGACGGCCACACUGACUUCAAGUGGGGAGAAGCCAGACAAGGACUUGGAAAGCUGCAGUGAUGACGACAGCCAGGUGCCCAAGCCUCCAAAGAUUCUGACUGAUGAGAUGCUACUCCAAGCCUGUGAGGGGCGAACAGCACACAAGGCUGCCCGUCUUGGGAUCACAAUGAAGGCUAAGCUUGCUCGGUUAGAGGCCCAGGAGCAGGCCUUCCUGGCUCAUCUCAAAGGCCAAGACCCUGGGACGCCUCAGCUGCCAUCUGAGAGCAAGCCCCCCAAAAAAAAGAAAAAGAAAAGGAAGCAGAAAGAGGAGGAAGAGGCUAUAGCAACUGAAGGGAGUGCAGAAGAGUACCGACAGCACACUGACCAAAGCAUCAGGAAAAGCAAGAAGAAAAAACGGCAUCAGGAGGAAGAGGUCACAGAUGAGAGAGAGAGAACAGCUGUAGAGAACGAGGGAGAAGAGACCACAGGAACAAGUGGGCCUGGGGAACACACUGAUCAGUCCUUCAGGAAAAGGAAGAAGAGGCAGCACCAUGAAGAGAAGGUGAGGGUCUCAGAUAAUAAAGGAUGUAAGGAGGCUACCGAUGGUGUCAGGACAGAGGAGGUAGAGAGUAGGGCAUACACUGACCCAUGCAGCAGAAGCAGGAAGAGGCGGCAGCAUGAGGAAGAAGACUUGAACAUAGAGAAUGAAGAAGCUGAGGAGGCUGUUGUAGAUGGUGGGACCAGAGGAGCAGAAAGCAGAUCCUGCAGUGAUGGGAAAAGCAGGAGAAGCAAGAAGAAAAGACAGAGGCAUCAAGAGGAGGAGGAGGAUGUCUUGGAUGUAAGGGACGAAGGAGAUGAGGAAGGUGGCAGCACUAGGGCAGCGGAGAGCAGAGCACGCACUGGCUCGAGUGGCAGAGGUAAGAAGAGGAGGCAGAAGCAGCCAGAGGAGGAAAGACCUGGAGUCAGCACUGACGGGAGAGCAACAAAGAAGAAACAGAAGAGAGACUGAAGGCUAGGCCAAGGUGGGGCUUGGUUGAUUCCUCUUCAGGAGUUGUUGACGCUUCAGAGACCUGAGUUGAUGCAGGGCUUGUGCACCCCCUCAGUAAGGAGUCCCUCCGAAGGAGGAAACUGUUCUGGAAUAGCAGUCUGCUGAGAGCAGAGGGAUAGUACUAUGCCUGAGUGAGGGAGCAGGCCUGGUCCCCCUUCCAGCUUCUAACCCAGAGAUUGUGAACUCAAGCGCCUGCAGGAACCAGGCAGCCAAAGGACAAGGAUGCUGAAAGCUGUGGGAACAGGAAUGCAGACGCCCUCUGAAGGGACAUCUUGCCUAAAAGAAGUUGGAAAUGAAGACCUAUGGGAAAUGUACUGAUUUUUAAAUACUGCGAAGGCUAAAAAACACCCAUGCAAAUUCAGCCAAUAGGUUGCCAGUUCCUAACUAUACCAAGUGACUGAAUAAACAUCAGUUUGGGCUCCUAGCCUA